AUGUCCCGCUCCUUCGUUGUCCUUGCAGUGGCAUUUGCUACCAGCUUCCUCCUGCCCUUGAACUUCGUCUUGCCGGUGGUACCCCGCUUCGCGCCGUCGCUGUCCCACGUGGCCUUGCAAGAGAAGGCCAACGAAAAGCAAGGACCCCAGGAGCUCGUCGCCCCUGUGCCUGCGACAUUGAUUGCUAUGCUGGCCGGGCUCAUGAUUGGACUCUUUGCCAUGCCGAAGGACGUAGAUGCAGUUCCACACCCCCGCCCGGACUUCCAGUUGGAGCGGCCCGGCUACAUGCAGGGCAUUGACGCUGCCAACGCUGCCUGGAGGCCUGGUGAGAUCGACUUUGUGACACGAUCCCGCUUGGAAGCAGCGCAGUUCCCAAAGGCCCUCAAGGAGCUCGAACAUGAGCAGGAGAUCCUGGCCAAGGCUCCAACCAAGGCGGAGCGCCUGGCAAAA